UUUAGUCAAGAGCUCAGGUAUGAGGUUGGACUUGGCUGCUAGUUAUGACUGUUGCAAUAAGUUACUAUCUUGUGCAUAUAAGGCAUGAUUUGAUUUUAACAUACCAGGCAGCGUCAUGAGCUGUCAGAACAUAAGUAUGUGCUUUCUGAUUUGAGAUUGACCUGUUUCGCAUUGCAAACUCAACCAGAGAGUUUAAAAAAAAAAGAAGAAAGCAUCCUUUGAAUAGUUUGAUUAAUUUAAUUCUUACAGGAGCGGCCAAAAGAUGAUGAAAUGACCCAUCUUUCAACAAAGAACCCCUGAUUAAUUAGCUCAGUUAGAGUUGUGUCACUUUCAUUAAAAGGACAAUAAAGUGCCUGAAGUAUCCAAAAGAUUAGCCAGCUUUCACUUGUGUGGUUAAAGACUUCAUCUUUUCUGUCCAUUAGACCUUUACCUGGACUAGAACCAGUCAAUAUGAUGUUACAGCCCAAAGUGUUUAACUAGUUGUUUUUUUUAAAUGUAAACCAUUCUCGUUUGAACCAGAUUUGAUGCAUGCUGGGCGUGUCACCUCAGGGUUGUGAGGGAGGGGACAGGUGUGAAUGAUGUGUUGAUGUUCAGGGAGUCGUCACUCCCUCCUGCAUUCCAGCUCCCGCUCCACUCAGCUCACAAACCCGUCACACAGCCCCAAGCUUCAGUGCAGUCUUACAACAACACUUCCUGUCACCGCUACAGAGAAACUGGAGCAGCGGACAGAUUUACACCACACUCACAUGGUGUCUAACCAAGGGAACGGACUGGAUAAAGCUAGGUUUUGUGCCGAACCGCAAUUCCUGGAUUCCUUUAGCAUUGUGGAUAUGGGAGGCAGAGAGGAGGUAUUGGUGGGCAGGCUCGGGUCCAACAUGCAGUUUCCACGCACCAGGUUGAACCGUUUCAGGCUCCGUACCAACCACAGCCCAGCAAGGAUCAAGCGUGUAAAGCCAUCCUCCCAAAAGAAGAAAGCCAGAAACCCCAGCCCCACCGAGAUGAGCGUGGAGCCCUGGGCCAGCCCGCAGGACCAGGCAGCCGCUGAGCACUCACACAGCACGCACACGCCAUCCUCCCAGGAUCAGGAGCAGCACCCCGACAAACUCUGCCUGGACUCGUUCUGGAGUGAGGUGGAGACCAUCAGACAGGGGAGUGGCUACACAGACCUCGACUGCACCAGGAGAGACUCCAGACAGUCAGAAGAAGGUGAACAGGAGGAGCAGUGGCUGGCUGACGCUGGUUUGUCGACCCUCAUCAGUGACGACAGUGAGGAUGUAGACAACGCAGUUCUGCUGUCCACUCUGACCCGGACCCAGGCCGAGGCCGUCCAGCGCCGACUGGAUUCCUACACGCUGUCACUCCGCAAGAGGAACAAACCGGCACCGCGUGACGUUCGUGACAUCUUCCACUCCCCCAUCACUCAGAACCUUCUGCCUGAGUCCCAACAUAGUGAAGACCCGGCCCAAAACAGCAUGGCAUCGGUUGGCAAAUCACCACUAUCAGCUGUGACACCGGAGCAUCAGCGAGGUGCUCCCAAAGAGGAAUUCUUCAUCACCGACGUGGCUUACUGCGAACAGGCCGUCAUCUUCCUCAAACAGGCCAAACUGCCGCAGAACAACAGCCAGCGCCGAAAAGAGGAUGGCACCCUGCCUCGGGUGAUCUGCCCCAAGUGCCGUCUUGGAGUGACUCGUAUUCAGGAUCUCUCCCACAGUGACAUGAAGAAGGUGCGUCAGUUGGCUCUCAUCGACAUGACGGCACUCUGUGACCUCUUAGAGCUGGAGGUCAAAAGGCACAAAACCGGCAAGAGGAAAAUCCCAGAGAGCCCGCUGUACGGGGUGCCGCUGGCCACGCUGCUGGAGAACGAUCAGAAAAUCAAACCCAACACCUCGACUCCUCUCUACCUUCAGGCGUUGUUAUCGUUUUUGGAGAAGAAAGGUGUCGAUUCGGAGGGGAUCCUGCGGGUUCCAGGAUCUCAGUCCAGAAUCAAGCAGCUGCAACAGAACUUGGAGACCAACUUCUACUCAGGGCAGGUCAGCUGGGAGGAAGUGAGUCCGAACGACGCCGCCGCGCUGCUCAAGAAGUUCAUCAGGGAACUGCCCGCUCCGCUGCUCACCGCUGAGUACCUCAACACCUUCAGCGCCGUCAGAGACAUCACAGAACUGAGGCAGAAACUCCACAUGUUGAACCUGCUCAUCCUGCUGCUGCCGGAGCCCAACAGGAACACACUGAAGGUGCUCCUCGAGUUCCUCAGUAAGGUGGUUUCCAGAGAAAAGAGGAACAGGAUGAACCUGUGGGCCGUAGCAACCAUCAUGGCUCCCAACCUCUUCCUCCAUAAGGCCGUCCCCAGCAGACUGACGGAGGGGGCGGAGAAAGGUCAUGCGGAGAAGGCAGCUGAUGUCAUGAGGCUCCUCAUCCGCUACCAGGACCUGCUCUGGACGAUCCCUAAUUUCCUCAUGAGCCAGGUGCGUAGGCUGAAUGAAAACAGUAACCGGCGUUACCAGUUCUACGACCGCCGCAUCAAGAACCUGCUGAGGAAGAUCCACACUGACAGCCGCGACAAGCCUGAUAAAAACGCGUCAGAGCUGUGUCGUACGGUGAAGAUCCAGGUCGGGGAUGCGGUGAGCGGCACCAUGGAUUUCCAGCUCAACGCCAACUGCCGAGCCUCAGACCUGCUCGCCCAGUUUCACCGCCAAUCCCUCCGCAGCCCCGAGAACGGAAAGGGCAAAAUGCGAAGAAACGGCACUGUGCUAUAUCCGGACUGCGCCCUGUACGAAGUGGGAGGGAAUAUCGGUGAGCACUGCCUGGAUCCCGACACACACCUUCUGGAUUUGUACAACAGCAACUCUGGAGGGGAGUGGGUCAUCAAGCUGAAGCCCAACGCCAGCAGAGGGCUGUGAAAGAUGGACGAACAGAUCGGGGAACAGCCCGUCGAAGAAGGACAAAGGCACAGCCUAAAAAGAAAGAUCAAAUCCACGCAGCCCUCUCUUCUUGUCCCUUUCAUCCUUGGAGCAACAAGGGAGAAGGAGACAGAUGGACAGAUGGAGGAAGCAGGAGCAGUUAGAUGGAGAAUCUGCCAGGAGCAGAGCCCAAAAACUGUCUAUGAUCACAUGAACACACUUUGCCCUCUUUCUCUUUCUCUCUCUCUCCAUCUUCCUCCUCUUUUUCUCCCUUCACUCCAUCAUUCCUCUCCUGCGUUACCGCAGGGUCGCGAUGCUGCAAGCAGAAAGCUGCUGACGUGACUCAUUACUUCCGACAGAGAACCUGCU